AUGGUACUUAUGAUGUCAUCAAUGCAUAUCUCCACCGAGCUUCUGCAUCUUUCAACGAGCUCAAAUGGAGGGUGGGGUGGAGAAAGGGUUAAAUUUUGGGAGGAUAAGUGGAUACAUGAUGAGGUUUCAUUGGAAGUUAAAUAUCCUAGAUUGUUCCUAAUCUCGGAACAACAAAAUCAAUUAAUACAGCAGAUGGGAGGGUACAAAGAUGGGGAGUGGGAGUGGAAUCUAUCUUGGAGAAGGCCAUUGUUCGACAAUGAGAUAGCAAUGGCUGUCAAUUUCCUAAAAGAUGUUGAAAGGUCAGUUAUUCAGCAAAAUGGAAGAGACGCAUGGGUGUGGAUGGCAGAUCCAAGUGGGAGCUACUCGGUGCAAUCUGCAUACAAGGUAAUGAGGGGGUCUAUAGUUGAUGGGAUCAAGGACAGGGCUUUUGAGGAGCUGUGGCAGCUGAAGAUUCCAACCAAAUAUGCAGUAUUUGCAUGGAGGCGUCUUAGAGAUAGACUACCCACUAGAAUAAACUUACACAGGAGACAAAUAGAUAUAUUGGAUAGGCACUGCCCAUUUUGCAGCAGAGAGGAAGAGGAAGAAGGACAUUUGUUUUUCCACUGCAAUAGAAUCAUUCGUAUUUGGUGGGAAUCAUUAUCCUGGGUGAACAAAUCUGCAGCUUUUCCAAAAGAUCCAAGACAACAUUUUCUACAGCAUGGAGAUAUAUUGAAUGAGGGGAGAAGGGUUACUAGGUGGAAAUGCUGGUGGGUGGCAGUGACCUGGACCAUUUGGCAGCAACGGAAUACGAUAGUAUUCUCCAAUGAAACAUUAGACAGCAACAAAUUGAUUGGCGAAGCAGCUUUCUUGUUGUGGACUUGGCUGAGGCAUUUGGAGAAGGAUUUUUUUUUUCAUUUUAACCAAUGGUCUAGUAAUCUUAGAGAAGGGAUAGUGUAA